AUUGAAGAUGGUCGCCAUCACGCGCAACAGCAAACGGCAGCAUCAAGAAGGCCUGCCACACGCAGGUGCGGUCCCUGCAGGCCGAGCUGCGCCACCGUCAUGGGCCUCGGAGCGCCGGCCGUCUUCAGGAAGAUGAGGGGCGAGGAGGUGCAGUUUGAAAAGCAGUGUACCUUCAUUGCCAUGCCGUGGCUGAAGAGUAAGUGUGCAGAAAGAAUCAUGAGAAGAAGGCCUUAUUCGUGGUGGAAUUUGUCCUCUCUGUGUGUUUUGUCCACAGUUGGUGUGCCGCGGGAGGGCGGCACGCAUUGCGACGUGUACAACUUCCCUGACAACAGGCCGCCGACGCCAUCUACGAGGUGUCGAUGGCCGUCCGCAGCGCAGGGCUCUUCACGCUCGGACACAUGUCCUGCGCGUCGGCCCACACCUACGCCAUCGACAACCUCAAUAAGGACGUGUUGCUCAGCUGGGAAGCCCUGCAAGAGGCGGCCACGUUCCGCUCGGUGUUCCCCCCUCCCCGUCCCUGAAGAGGUGGGUGGGUACAUCUGCGCCUUGCCACGCCACACGCGUUUAUUUGUCUUUGUCUAACAGCAGUUGCGGCACCUGAGCCACAGUCAGGUGCUGCAGCUCGUGAACCAACUCGACGAGAGCGGCCGCAACAUGCUCAUGCAGAUACGGUGGCCCUGAGCCACAAUCAGCUGCUGGAGCUCGUGAACCAGCUCAGCGAGGAAGGCCGCGAGAUGCUCAUGAACCGC